GUAUGCGUACUUACCGAUGUUACCUGCGUUAAGAUACGUUUUGGACAAUGAUACGUAACAGUUUCGUGGCAUCUAGCAUCUUUUUUGGGAUAGGGUCAUAUUUGUAUAUCAAGAAAUCAAAUGAAGAUAUGAAAAAGAUGCUGUUAGAAAAGGGAUAUAUGGACGAAAACAACCAGUUAAAAUCCAAAGCUAUGAAAAAUAUACUGGGGAGUGAUUACUAUAGUUCCGUAAAAGUUGAUACGCAAGAAAAAGAAAAGUCAGAGAAGAUCUGAUAUCAAAGAACUGCUCGUAUCUUUUGACUGAAAAUGAGACCUCUUCAAUUAACCUUAGCUAUUUUCAAACCAGAUGUGUCUGCUCAACCACACAUUGUCAAGGAAAUUAAAAAAAUCCUUUUAACAAACAGUUUCUAUUUUGUGAGAUCUAAGGAGUUGUAUUUACCUCGUAAAAGGGCUGAAGAAUUUUAUAAGGAACAUGAGGGAAGAUUCUUCCAUAACAGACUAGUAAGUUUCAUGUCUAGUGGCGAGAUCUCUGCGCAUAUUAUGGCAAGAGACAAUGCGAUUAAGGAGUGGAGAAAGUUGAUGGGACCCACCAAAGUCUUUCAGACAGUUCAUUCUGAUCCGAACAGCAUCCGUGGACAGUUCGGACUUACUGAUACGAGGAAUUCGACUCACGGAUCAGAUUCUGAGGAAUCGGCACGAAAAGAAAUGCAAUUUUUCUUUCCAGAGUUCAACGUAGACCAGUGGUACAAAGAAAAGGAACCUUAUUUUCAAAAUGGAAAUGUUUCUUUUUAUGAGGAAAAAGGAAUACAUGUUGAAGACAUACCAAGUGCUCACAUUUUGAAACAAGAGACGUCUUGAUUUAGAUCAAGAACUGUUAAGAAUUACUGCUGUUAGGAAUAUCAUCAAUUGAUUUUCAAGAAGAGAAUAGCUACCACACAGGAUUGCAUUUCACAUAGAUUUUGAGAUACAGUGUCAAUCUGUGUAUGCACUGACAAAGAAAUGUUGUUAUCCCCCAUUCAGAAUAGUUUUAUAGGAUUUGGUUUUUCUAUAUUAAUGAGAAAUGAUACAAAUAUAUGAUAUAUAACUCUACCAGUUCCAGCUAUGAUUGAUUUAUAUUUUUGUAUAAGUGUUUAGAACAUUUUCAAUUUAAUAUUACAAGUUAUGUAUCAUUACCACUAUUCUAUUUUACAUUGUAGAUAGCAAAAAUUCAGGGUUUUGUAAAUAAAAAUUGAACCAAUAAAUGAGGAUGUUUUUGAAUCAAUACGAUGUUCAUGUCAACUCUCCUGUCCGAUGUUAUAAUCUGCCUGUGACACAGGGACAGAGGGGUCAAUAGUUUGUUUAAAUGAAUGACCUUGACCCAUUUUCAAGAUCAUAGCUAGGUGUCAAAUGCAAUACAAUCCUGAAAUUCUUUCUUUUUAAUAUCCCCAACACCAUCAGCAGUACCUUGGAAUUUCAUCAUUUUGCAUACAAUAUAUAAACUGACUGUAAAUGGGGGUAUGCUGCUGUUUCAAAUGAAACUGAUUAAAG